AUGGCGUUCAACCCAACAUCAGACCAGAUUGAGUGGCACAUGCAUCAGUUAAGACAGUGGAUGGUACCGACUUCAGCACCCAUGCCGCCCAAGUCCAAGCCGACGGUGGUCAACUCUCACCCCUUUCCCCAAGACUUCUACCUGCAAAAUAUACCCAGCAACGACAUGUAUACCUACAACGCGUACAGCUCACCAAUUCCUACGCCACCCACCACUCAAACACCACCGGUGCCUAUCCGACGAGGGCAUACCUUUGCCAAUUUCUCCGACUACAGUUUGACCAUGGACUACUUCAACACCGACAGCGGUUCUAUGACACCUCAGAGUUGGACCGCAGAGGAGAGAGGGAAUUUGGAUGAUGUACUCUCCACCUACUCAGAGACUCCAUCGAGCUACUUCUCUUCCGAUCUGUCAGACCGUCCUCGACUUGAAUCAUUUGUUUCUUCCAGUCGAAAUACACCGCCUGCUAGCUUGCAACUGUCUUCAUCGCUUCCCGAACCCUCCUCCGAGGUCGACUCACUCAUGAAAACACUUCUACCGUCUCAGACUACACAACUACAACCCCCUACCACCAACCCAAGUGGCAAGCCUAAGAAACAUUUCUGCCCAUACGUCGAUUGUGGAAAGUCCUUCUCCCAGCCAACGCACCUCAAGAUCCACCUGCGCUCUCACACCGGAGAGAAGCCAUACAUAUGUUCCGUCCCGACCUGCCGGCAAUCCUUCUCUCAACUAGGCAACCUUCGCACCCAUGAACGCCGUCACAUUGGUCAACGACCGAAUCGGAAGAGGUCCUCAUCCGAUCCAGGUACGCACGGCCGCAGGUACGAGUGCAAACUGGACACCUGCAGAGAGGGUCAUGGUGGAAAGGUGUUCACGCAACUUGGCAAUCUCAAGGCGCAUAUGAACAAGUUCCACAAGGACACUCUGGCCAGACUGGCCCAGCAAUUCGCCGUGAACGAGGUGGUUGCUCCUGAAGAAGCUGAACUACGGGACUACUUUCAGGACUUGUACAAGCACAGCAACAAGGGCAUUAAAGGACGGGGAAAGGGUAGGAAGGUUGAAGUCAUUGCGGCGGAGCAGCAAUAA